CGGAGAGUGCCGAGCGCUGCCGGAGAGGGCCGAGCGCCGCCGGAGAGUGCUGAUGACGGAUGGGGGCGGCCCGAGGGGCGCGGCGCCCCCUGGCGGGUCCGUGCUGGCAUCGGCACUGCUCUGUGUCGUCAUCCGUGACACGGACAGCGGGAUGGAGGGCAGCAGCUCUGCAGAUGACACCAAGCCGAGUGGUGGAGUGACACGUCUGAGGGACGGGGUGCCAUCCAGAGGGAGCUGGGCAAGCUGGAGGAGCGAACCGAGGCCAACAAGGUUCAACAAGGGGUGGAGUGUGUCUUCUUCAAUGAGGAGUACAUGACCUGCAGGUGGGGGAGCAGAGAGACGGUGGCUGCCAACUACUCCCUCUACUAUUGGUACGAGAACAGGUUCCCCGUGGUGGAGUGUAAGCACUACCUGCAGGACCAGGGCAUCAACGUCGGCUGCCACUUCAACCGGAGCGAGACCAUCCAGUUCCUGCCUUUCCGUGUCCUCCUCAAUGCCAGCCUUGGCAGCAGGACCCUGGAGAUCCACAGCAACCGCAUGGAGCUGCAGGACCUGGUGAAACCGGAGGCGCCCGUCAACCUGACCAUCCGCAACGUGAGCGGCAACCAGCUGCAGCUCACCUGGAGCUCCCCGUACGCCAAAGCCCGUUGCCUGGAGCACUCCGUCAAGUAUAAGAGCAACAAGGACACCAGCUGGACGGAGCACCGGGUGAACGGAGACAUCUUCUCCCUCCCCAGCGUGGACUAUGAGAAGUUCUACACCUUCUACGUGCGCAGCAAGAUCAACGGCUACUGCGGCAGCACCCAGCUCUGGAGCGAGUGGAGCGUCCCCGUGGUCUGGGGCAACAACUCCACCAGCAAGGGUGCAGCGGAGGAGCAGCUGCGCUGGUUCCUGAUCCACACGGUCUUGGUCCCCAUUGCCUCCUGCCUGCUCUUGCUGGUCCUGGUCAUCCUGCUGGUGCGCAUGGAAAGGGUGUGGGUCAUCCUCAUGCCCCGAAUCCCCAACCCCAUCAAGAACUUUGAUGAGCUCUUCAGCACCCACAACGGCAACUUCCAGGAAUGGGCCGGCGUCCCCAAAGACGUCGUGGAGAGCUUCAAGCCCAACUACAGCGAGAACAUCUGCUACGUGAGCGAGCUGCCCCCCAAGGACAGCUACGAGCCCCUCUGGGAGGGCAGCAACCACCCACCCUCCGUCACACCCGGCUCUCCGCCCGCCCCCCGGGAGCACAGCCCCUACAAGAACAGCUACCUGGGAGUGUGACCCACCCCUGCACCCCACACCCUGCCUGCUCCACACCCCCACUGCCCCACACCUUGCCUGGCUCCCUGCUCCCACCCUGCCUCCAGCCGGGACCCCCAGCCCCGCCAUGGCCACACACACCCCUGUGACACGGUGGUGUGCUGGGACUGCGGGGGCUCACUGACACCCCCACCGCUCCGAGGCGCCUGCAAGAACACCCAGGGACAUGUCCCCACACCCUGUCCCCUUUGUGCCCCCACCUCCUGUCCCCAUCCCUGCUGCCCCAUGCCCAUCACCCUUGUGUCCCAACCUCCUGUCCCUGUCCCUGCUGUCCAUGUCCCCAUCACCCUUGUGCCCCACCGCCCUGUCCUCACCCCUGC